UUUCCUAAACCAAAUUCCCCAGAUCCUAGAAAUCCAGCCCUUCUGCCCUCCGGAGGCGCCUUUCCCAACGUAAAGUACAAUUUUAAAUUUCAGCUCCUGACUAAAAUCAUGAUCCGCAGUCAACUGCUAGAGAAUCUGGGCACCCCGGUGCCUCUGGAGCGUGCAGCGGGUGUGGGCAAGGGCAGGGGGAGUGGGCGAAGCUGCUGGUUGGUGCCUGAAAUCUGUGCGUUGCCCCUUUAAUUGUGUCCCCAGCCCUCGGGCGUUUCUGUCCAACGCCCACGUCAGCAAAUACCUUUUGUUUCUCUCACGUUGGGGCUACUUGUUUUAGGGCGCAAAGGAACGGCCUCGAAAGGGGGUCCUUCCCCAGCCGAGAACCAAGAAUCUUCCCCCGGCCCGCGCGCGCGACCGGCCGGUGCGCCGCGGCCCGCGGACAAUCCUGCAAACACAGACUGUUUGACUUAGAAUCUUCUCUUUUUUACUCCAUUCAAGAGCAGCAUUCAUAAAUUUCCAGAAUGGAGAUCUCCUCUCAUCAGUCUCACCUCCUGCAGCAACUGAACGAGCAGCGCAGGCAAGAUGUAUUUUGUGACUGCAGUAUUCUAGUUGAAGGGAAGGUCUUCAAAGCACAUCGAAAUGUAUUAUUUGCUAGUAGCGGCUACUUUAAAAUGCUUCUUUCUCAGAAUUCAAAAGAGACAAGUCAGCCAACCACAGCUACAUUUCAGGCUUUCUCCCCUGACACUUUUACAGUUAUCUUGGACUUCGUAUAUUCUGGCAAACUGUCUCUUACUGGUCAGAAUGUCAUAGAAGUAAUGUCGGCUGCUAGCUUCCUUCAGAUGACUGAUGUCAUAAGUGUAUGUAAGACUUUUAUUAAAUCUUCCUUAGACAUUAGUGAGAAAGAAAAAGAUCGCUAUUUCAGUCUCUCAGAUAAAGAUGCCAAUUCUAAUGGUGUAGAACGUUCCUCUUUUUAUAGUGGUGGCUGGCAAGAAGGAAGCAGUUCUCCACGUUCUCACCUAAGCCCAGAGCAAGGAGCAGGUAUAAUAAGUGGAAAAUCUUGGAAUAAGUAUAAUUAUCAUCCAGCCUCCCAGAAGAAUACUCAACAACCCUUGGCCAAGCGUGAACCAAGGAAAGAGUCCAUUAAAAAGACCAAACAUUUGAGAAUGUCACAGCCUUCUGAAGUUACUCAUUAUAAGUCAAGCAAACGAGAAGCACGAACAUCUGAUUCUUCCAGCCAUGUUUCCCAGUCUGAAGAACAAGCACAGAUUGAUGCUGAAAUGGACUCUCCUCCUGUUGGCUAUCAGUACGGUCAAGGAUCUGAUGUCACAUCCAAAAGUUUUCCAGAUGAUCUGCCCCGGAUGCGAUUCAAGUGCCCGUACUGCCCACAUGUGGUGAAGCGGAAGGCAGACCUAAAGCGCCACCUUCGCUGUCAUACAGGAGAAAAGCCCUAUCCAUGUCAAGCCUGCGGAAAAAGAUUUAGCAGACUAGACCAUCUAAGUAGCCAUUUUCGAACAAUUCACCAGGCAUGUAAACUCAUCUGCAGAAAAUGUAAACGUCAUGUGACAGAUCUAACAGGGCAAGUGGUACAGGAGGGAACCAGGCGCUACAGACUGUGUAAUGAGUGUCUUGCAGAAUUUGGCAUAGACAGCCUCCCCAUUGACUUGGAAGCUGAACAACAUCUUAUGUCCCCAUCAGAUGGAGAUAAGGAUUCCAGAUGGCACUUGAGUGAAGAUGAGAAUAGAUCCUAUGUGGAGAUUGUAGAAGAUGGGUCUGCUGAUCUGGUCAUCCAACAGGUUGAUGAUAGUGAAGAAGAAGAAGAAAAAGAAAUUAAGCCCAACAUUAGGUAGCUGUAAUGUGAACCAACAGAGCUGGCAUGUCUGCAAUUUACAUUGACUUCCUGUAUCUCUCUCUUUCUGUGGUCAGAGUCUAGUUAACAAAUUUAUCAUACUGACUUUAAAGAAAUGAUCUGAUAUAACUUGCAUGCUUUCUGAACAGGCCAUUGUAUCUAUUCUGAACUUUGUUGCCCUAAAAUGUGUUGCUGCACUGGAAAGAAAGAACUAGCUUGAGUUGGCAUGAUGGAUGAACAAUUAUCCUCUUACUUUCAUUACAAUCCUCUUUAUUACAGAGAUACCCUUUUUCUUUUAAUAUUGGAAGAUCUACUUAGCAAACUUUUUUCAAAGAAAAUACUUUAAAUAAAUUCACCACAUCCAAACUUUAUGUAAGACAAUUUCAAGGUGUUUCAAAAACACAUAUACAACCAAUGUUUAAUUUCACAGGAAACCAGUUAAGAGCACAUUUAAAGAUCUGGCAACCCACCUGACUAGACAAAUUAGUCUUUGUAUUAAUUUGAGAUCUGAAACAAUCUGUCAUUACUCUGAUAUCCUGAACGUUUAAGGAUUAUGGAAGAAGACUAAAAUGUUUGAAAUCAUUCAUAUUUGACAUUUUUAUCAUUAGGUUAAAAUUACUCUCAGUAUUGUUAAAAACAAAACAAACAAUAAAAAAAAUGAAAGUAGAGGCUGACCAAAGAUUAAAUGCAGAUAUUUUCUUAAAGCAGGAAACUAAUGUUGCCUAAAAGUCAAGGCAGUUUGUGAAGACGAUCUGUCAAUAUGGUUAUCCAUCUCUCUAAAGAAAAACAGGCCAGGCGCGGUGGCUCACGCCUAUAAUCCCAAUACUUUGAGAGGCCAACGCAGGCGUAUCACUUGAGGUCAGGAGUUUAAAACCAGCCUGGCCAACAUGGUGAAACCUCAUCUCUACUAAAAAAUAUAAAAUUAGCCGGGCAUGGUGGCGCAUGCCUAUAAUCUCAGCUACUCGGGAGGCUGAGGCAGGAGAAUUACUUGAACCUGGGAGGCAGAGGUUGCAGUGAGCCAAGAUCAUACCAUUGCACUCCAGCCUGGGCAACAAGAGAGAAACCCCCCCCCCAAAAAAAAAAAGGAAAAUAAACUAGGAGGUUCUUACCAUAUUUGAGUGAUUUCUAAUAUUAUGUAGUGCUAUAUUAUUUAUACAGUACUCUCUCACAUAUUUUCUCAAUCAGUGAGGUGGAUACUAUCUCCGAUUUACAAAUGAGGAAAUUAAGGUCAGAAAGUUUGAGAGAGAAAGCUGAUGACUGGACAGGGUCUGAUUUUAAACAAUCCUCUUUCAACAUUCUCUCCCUGUAUGUCUCCUGAAAUGGCAAAGAAUAGAAGUCAAACCUCACCAGUUGGCAGUAAUUAUAAAAAUAAGCCAAUCAGAAUUAGAAAGUAUGAAAGGAGGAAUUGAAUCAUUUUCAACAACAUAUAAUAUCUUGAUCUAGAGAUUUUCAAAUAGUGCUAAGUAAUGUCCCUACAGUACCUAUUGGUAUGUUUUUAUGUCAAGUUAUUUAUAUGUAAAUAUAAAGUAUAAAACUAUUUGAACAAAUUA